AAGCAGGGGAAGCACCGCUCCUUUUCUCCGCUUUGAACGACAGACGGAACGCGACUUCUGCAAUUACGACUCGAAGCGUCGGGAUGCAGCAGACACUUUACAAGUGAAUGAGAACUUUCCAUGGAACUGAGUUGAAGAACUUCACCAUGGGUCAACAGAUUUCAAGCCAGACACAAACUAUAAUGAACAAGUUGCCAGAAAAAGUAGCAAAGCAUGCUUCUUUGGUUCAAGAAAGUGGUUUCCUAACCUAUGAAGAGUUUCUAGGAAGAGUAGCUGAACUUAAUGAUGUUACUGCAAAAUUAGCUUCUGGGCAAGAGAAACAUCUGUUAUUUGAAGUGCAACCUGGUUCUGAUUCUUCUGCUUUCUGGAAGGUGGUCGUUCGGAUAAUCUGUACCAAAAUAAAUAAAACAAGUGGCAUCGUGGAAGUUUCAAGAAUCUUGAACUUGUAUCAGUUUGUUCAACUUUAUAAAGACAUCACCAGUCAAGCAGCAGGGGCUCUUGGGCAAAGUGGUACUUCUGAAGAAGCUGCUGAGAGUUUGACAUCUGUGUCAUCAUCCCAGGCCAGCUUAUGGAUGGGAAGGCUUAAGCAGCCAACAGAUGAAGAUGAAUGUUGCAUUUGCAUGGAUGGACGUGUUGAUUUGAUCUUGCCGUGUGCUCACAGUUUCUGCCAGAAGUGCAUUGAUAAAUGGAGUGAUCGUCACAGGAGCUGUCCUGUCUGCCGUCGCCAAGUAACUGGGGCAGGUGAUUCUUGGGUGGUUUCAGAUGCACCUACAGAGGAUGAUAUCGCUACUUACAUCCUUAACAUGGUAGAUGAGGUGGGCCAGCCUCUCAGGCCCUGACACUGACCAACAAGCUGCCAAGAGUAGAAGUACUUGAAGCUUUUGUUGUCACGAACGUCUGGUUUUACCUCUUGUCGUUCAUCUGUAGUCUGUCUUAAGUCUUCUUGGCCACUGUGGAUCUGCAUUACUCUUGUAAGACAUGUGGUAUGUGAGCCAGUUUAUGUGUUUGCAGUCCUAACGUGUAAUUUCAGCGAAACCUUUAAACAUUUACAGAGGUUAUUUUAACAAUAACUUUUGAUCUUAACAUUUUGACUACUAGAUGAAGCUACUUGUCAUAGCACAGCUGCAACUGCUAACUGCUGUUUGAACAUCACAGUGCACUGCUGCAAAAGAUGCACCACACCAGAUGGACUGACCUCACCGGACUCAUCCUUAACAGCCAUCCCUUUUAGAUUCAUGGCAAAUAUGAAUGAAGAUGAGCUAGGACUAGUUAUUACUUACUUGGAAUUCUACUGCUGAAACUUGAAAGACAGCGUGCUACCUAUUCUUCAGUUUGCCAAUUACUACAUCUUUUAGUGUUUACAGAUUUAAAAAAUAAUAAUUCUGUUUGAUCUGCUACCAGUUUUAGAAUUAAUUAUUUAAAAUCUGUUUUGGAGGCUGCAGACAUCUGUGUAAAUGUACUCGUGCGUUUUCCUUUAUUCUAACUAGGUAAUCUCUUUUUCAAUUUGAUGUUUAGCAUGGCCUCAUUAGCUUGAAAAUGUUAAACAGUUUCUCAGACAAUCCUAAAAAAGGAAAUCACUUCCUAUAUUUUUUGGUCAGGAACAGCCGGAAUUAUUUUUAAGCAUUAGGCAUUUCUGAAGGAGAGACUUUAUUCUAAUUAGCGGUGAAGUUGUAGUUUAGCCUGGUGCUGUGGUAUUAUUUGCUUCCUGUGAGAUUUCAAAGCAGUGAAGUGAGAAAUACUAAGGAUUGCAAGGUGAUAAUCUGACGUGCUGUGCUGUAUCUCUACAAGUGCAAUAUGCUUUUGCGUGGCAGGGAGAAUCUUGUACUUGGAGAACAGUUGUGUCAGAUGCCAUGGCUUACAUCGAGUUAAACGUGUGGAAAGGGACAUCGAACUAGAGCACAGCAAUGCAUCUGUCUAGCAGAGUUGAACCUCAGAAGAGCUAAGAGGCUCUCAAACAAAUUGUCAUCACUAGUAUUCAGAAGCCUUUUGGCUUCCAUAACGUUGCGGAAACCAACCGCUAUUGUGCAGAAUGAAUACAUCUAUUUUUGAUAUUAACAAAGACUACUCUUUUAUCUUGAGGCUGUUGAGAGGGAAAUACUCCAGUGUAUCAUUUUAGGGCAUAUCAGCAUAAAUGUUGUUUACUGUAAGACUGGCUCUUUGAUUGCAAUACUUGUUUAAAUUUGAUGACGCUGUAGGACUACGGCCUUUUGUCAGGGAAUAACUCUCAACCAGAAGGCUUGUGCACACACAGAUAUGCAUAUUUAGGUUACUUGUUUUAAUUGGCUGCUAUAGAAUAAUUUAAUCACGUCAGCCUCCAAAUCUUGGGAAUUUCUCUUUUAUUUCUUGCUAGCAGCAUAUGACACCCAUUGGAGUACUCUUAUUGUGUCAUCUAAAAGCCAAGAGAGCAGAAUGUGUAAAUCUCUAUUUAACUGUUUAAAUAAUUUAUGAAUGUAUAUAGUUGAGAGUUAUUAUUUUCCUUUGUUAAUCCUUUGAUGUCAAUGAGAUAUUCUUCAGAAAAUGUAUGGACUGCUUGGUUGGGCUGAAAACUAAUAAUGGUCAGGGAUUUUCCACUAAAAUAUUUGCAAAUGUUCUUAAUCGCGCACCAGUUUGGUUCCAGUUUGCUUUCUGAGCUUGCAUCAAUCUGUAUUCAGAACACUGGAAUUUUUAAGGUGUUUUUUAUAUUACUGGAACAGAGAAAGCAUCUAAAUAUGCAUCCAGCUAACUUUAUUUUUCAAGUCUUUUGAAAAUUAUACUUCUGAACUGAGCUUUUAUAAGCUAACUUACUGCUGAGAACUUACAUGAACUUAUUACAAUGUAAUUUUGUAAUUAAUGCAAACAGAUUACCUGUAGCAUAAUGACACUUGCCAGUACUAUAUAAAAUGAUGCAAAAAUUAAUCAAAUAGUGAAAAGUAAACUUUGUAUUCUGUACAGCUUUCUUAAUUAAGUUGCUUAUAAGUCACAUGGCUGUGAUGUAGGUAAUGUGUGCCUUGUCAAAUGUACUGUAUGUUAGAUGGGGCAGCAGAUAGAUACCAUGACACUGAAAGCUCAGUAAUGUGGUGCAGGCAGUGUUUCCUAGGCUGAAAUGUUACAUCUAGCAAACAGUUCUAGAAAGGAGUCCCAGCAGCAGGGCAUGGCAAUGGGAUCCGGGAGCUAGACCUUAAAAUGGGAAUCGCUACAAAAACCUUCAGGUGGUGGUGGGGCAUUAAAAGUGACAUUUCUUCUACUAAAGUGAAGAUUUCUUACAGACUUAAAGUGAAAUUGUAAUUUAAGCAUUGUAGAUUGUAUUAAUAGCUAAGGACAUUUCAGUAUAUUAAAAUUUGUGUAUGAAUUGUGCAAUAAAGUUCCUUUGAAUGAAA